GCUCUUCGGGGCGCGGGGUGGGCGGGUACUUCCGGUCCUAAUCCUCCGAGGAGCCUCAGAAGCAGUAGCAUCAUCAUGCGGGAAGGCUUGCUGGGCCGGGCCGGAGCCGUGACUAGGCCAUCCGGAUACGCCUCGGGCACAAUGGAUGCAGUGGCAGGAAUCGAAGUUGGAGCUGAAAUUGAAGUGACCGAAGAUGGAAUGCUGGAGGAGUUGCCUUUACAUUUGGAAAAUGCCAAAAAUUACCUUUCCUGGGAAUCUUUGGAUGUCUCCAGCAGUGACGAUGAUGGAGAGGCCUAUUUCAGCUUUUGCUUGCCUGUCAGACGUCCAUCCCGGCCUAUACAGCGGCCACCAGUCCGGCGCCAGCAAGUUCCGCGUGUGCCACCCCAGCGGCCACCAGCCCCUUCCUCUGCUGUGAAGCCACUAGAUUAUGAGAACUGGUUGCCUCCCUUGUACCCCUGUCCAUUGGUCCCAGAUAUUCCUUCUCCCCCAGUGCUUGGCGCUUACCAGUGCCAGAAGUGCCUGCAGGUGUUCAUGGAAGAGUGGCACUAUCUCCAGCACUUCCAAGAUCACAUUCAGGAAGAGAUGCAGCAACAGCAGGCAGUUCUACAACAGCAGGCAAUUCAGCAGCAGCAGGCAAUUCAGCAGCAGCAACAACAACAGCAGCAGCAACAACAGGCAGUGCUGCAGCAGCAGCAACAACUCCAAACUCGGCCUCACUCUCCACCACGGAAACUGCGCUGCCUGGAGUGUGGCAAGCGGUUCCUGCACCCCGAGCACUUUGCUCGCCACACCAAGUGGCACAUGAAACUGGCGCGCAAGGGCAUUAAAGUCUGCCACAGGAAAGGAAGCCGGCGCUCCUCCCAGAUUUCCUAUGUUUACAAGCCCCUUAGUGAAAACCCAUCUGUUGCAGGGAGGGAUACUUCUGGCCUUCUAGUUUCCCAAGAGAGUCAGAAGCAGCCAAAGGGUGUCUUGAAGGCCAACAAGCGAAAGGCCCUCAAGCACCAUAAAAAGUUGGUUCCCGAGGCUUCGCAGGCAGAGGGCCAGCUCGGAUCUACCUUCCCAGAAAAUUCCGUCGCCAUCCUGGAUGGAGAAGGAGGUGUCAAUCUCCUGCAGCCAUGGCAGAAGCAGGAUGCCAUCUUAGAAGGUCAGGUGGCGGGGACGGUCUACCAGUCAGCAGUCCUGAAUGCUGAAAAUCAGAUCAUCAUCUUGGAUGAUGCUGGGGCAGAAGCUGUGGCUGUUGCACCAGAUCAUCGCUACACUGAGUUACAGGCUGCUGUCUUUGAAAGCCAAGGGAACGUCAGUGAGGUGAGGCCCCUCUUCCUCCAGGCUGAAGAGCAAACGACUCUUCUGGACAGCCAAGCAGGCUUGAAUUCCCUGCAGUUAGGCAGCAUCAAGGACCAGGCAGUCAUUGGAGCUGACUGGGGAGGCCAGAAUCCUUGUACCCUUUUUAGGACUGUGCUCCUACAGGCUGAGGAGCAGGCAGCCACGGUGGACAGCCAAAUGGAGCCCAGUCCCCUCCAACAGGUGAUCAUCAAGACCUCAGAGGGGUCACCGACUUUUUACUUGGACUCAGACCCUCACCUGUCUUCUCUGGACCCAGGGACGGUCCAUUUUGUCCCUGUGGAUCAAGAGUCUCAGUUUGUAACUGUUCCAUAUGGAAACACACUGACCUUGGAGCCAACAGAUGAAGCAGAGAAGACUUGGGAGUCCCAAACAACAACCUUUCAGCUGCCAGGUGACCUUCAAAACUUGCAGCAGCAAAACAAACAUCUUUCUCCGGCUGUGACCACUGACCAGUCAACCAAAGGUCCAAUGAUUGUCCCUUUGGCGCCUGGUUCUUCUGGGGACCACCCUGAGGUCUUAGACCUGGAGUACGAUACAGGAGGUGGCAUUCCGGUCGCCUCCGAGCCUUGGGAGGCUCCUGUGCGAACUGGGCAGGAAGGUUACCCAACUGAGGAGGUGGAGGAGAACAAUGUGGUUGUCGUGGAGAUAGAAGAGCAGCGCAGCCAAGGAUCUGUAGUGAGCCGCCCACGCAAACGCUCCCGCAAGCGGGCCUUCCUUAGAACUAGAAAAUCCAUAGUUAAAAAGCACCUUGGGUGCUUUAAGUGUCCCGACUGUAGUGUUCGCUUCAACCGGGUAUCUCAACUCCGCACUCAUCGGAAAGGGCCAAAGCGCCGAGGACGGAGCUACCUGUGUGAAUGCGGGGCUUCGUUCCGCGGCCUGCUGCACCUCCUGCGUCACCAGCUCCAGCACCUGGCAGAAGCUCUCUUUAUUUGCUCAACCUGCGGGAAGUCCCUCCAAGGCCACCAACAUCUGGUGAAACAUGGCACCUGCAACCCUGGCCCAGCCGUUUUCAGCUGCUCUUGCGGAGUCAGCUUCCGACGCUUGCCCCGCUACCUCUGGCAUCAUGUGAGGAGCCAGAAGCCCGGCCUGAGGGUUUACACUCUCUCAGGUUUCCUCACUUCAGCCUGAAGUAGGACAACUGUCUUGGGGACCUGGGGUGAGAAGGAGGGAAACUGUGAACCUCUUGACUGGAUGUCUGGUUUUGGAAAGGGGAUGGGACAUGAGAAUGCGAGGCCUUCUUCUGGGGCGCAUUUAGUCAGAAAUGGUUUACUGUUUGUGAAGCAUAAGGGAUGGGGGUGUUUUGAGUUGAUUUUUCCAGUGUUAAUGAAGAUGAUGGUAAUUAAACAGUGACGAUUCUGAUCCCUUA